AACGGCGCUGUGACGUACCCGCUGACGUGGUCUUCCUGAUGGACGCCUCCGACAGCAUCAAGCCCACGGAAUGGGAACAGGAGAAAGACUUUGUGUCCGUGCUGAUAGACAACCUGGAAGUGGACAGGUACGCCAUCCACGUGGGGGUCAUCGUCUACAGUACCGAGUUGGGUCAGGUGAUUGACCUCCAACCUUUCAAAACGAAGAGUCAACUGAAAGGUCUGCUUCAACAGGCGGAGCAGAUAAACCAAGGAACCGACACUGCCAAAGCCAUCAGUAAAAUGAUUGAGAUGUCCGAAAACCAAGGGCGGAUUGAGGCUGGCGCCAAGCAGAUUGGGGUGAUCAUCACAGACGGAAGGUCGACGGAUGUUUCGGCUACCAUCAGGGAAGCCCGACGGGCUAGGCUGGACCGUCACAUGACCAUGAUUGCCCUGGGAGUGGGAAACGAGACUUUCCUGGAGGAGCUGGUGGAGAUCACGGGGCACGAGAACACCAACAGACUGUUCCAGGUCAAGGACUUUGCUCAACUACGGGACGUGGUGGCUCAGCUGCAGGAGCUCAUUUGUGAAAUUAUUCCAGCUACAACCACAAAGAAAUCUAUAACAUCAGCUUCAACAACAACUGUAGUACCAACAACUAGUCCUGUCAUCCCACCGUUUCCCUGCUCCAUGCCGGCCGACUUGGUGUUCCUGAUUGAUGGCUCCUACAGCAUCUCACCCCCAGACUGGGUCAAAGGUAAACAGUUCGUCUCCUACCUCAUCAACAGUAUCGAUGUCGGUGUCGACUCCAUUCACGUGGGUAUCGUCGUGUACGGGUCUGAUAUCGGGGAUGUAGUUCCACUACAGCCUUUCAAAGAUAAGAACCAGCUGAAAUCAGCUGCGACUGGCCUCAUCCAGCCACCAGUUGGCAGAACCAACACCGCUUUAGGCCUGCAAAAGGUCAGAGAGAUGUUCAACACACACGGCCGACUCCAGGUCCCACACAUCGUCAUUGUUAUCACAGACGGCAUGAGUUCCAACCCAUCAGAGACCAGAGACCAAGCCAUCAUGGCCAAAAGAGAGGGAAUCACCAUCUUUGUGGUGGGUGUGGGUGAUCGGGUGCUGAGGCAGGAGGUGGAAGAGAUGGCCAGCUCCCCACAGAGUUUGUUUGAUGCCCCAGACUUCAAGUUCUUGGUAGGGAUGGUGCAGCUGCUUAGGGACAACAUCUGUUCAGCCAUACAAGUCACAAGCAUAGCAGCCACAUGGUCAACGACACCUGUGGCUACAACAACAAGACCACCAGUCCCAGAGUUAUGUAAGCAGUGCUUGGUGGAAGGUGGGGUCGGGUUCAACCCCCUACCUACAGACUGUGAGAAAUAUGUAAUGUGCCUGCCUCAGGGAGCCAGUUAUGAGCCUCAGAUCAAGUCCUGCCCUUUUGGAAUGUUCUGGAGCAACGUAGCUGUGUCCUGCCUGGAUGCUAGAUAUGUAGACUGCCCGGCUGACAAAUGUAAAGCCUUGCCAGAUUCUGCCACAUACCCAUCCGUGGAUUCUAGUUGCCGGAGUUACUACAGCUGUUCCAAUCAGCGGUCUACCCCUCUUUGCUGUGAACAAGGCUACAAAUAUGUAGUUGGUAUUGGCUGCUUACCUGACCCUAGUUGCCUUGACCCCUGCCCUCUGAAUGUCACUAUUUAUAAUCAAGCCUGUUCUCCUGCAAUCAACUUAACGUUCGAGGGUAUUUUCCCACAACUUCAUCAAACCAUCAUACACCGGGUGAUCAGAACGGAUUCCGGCAGUGCCUACUUUAAUGGAGACAGUUCUCUGACCUUCCCAGGGACCAUUGGGCAGGACAUGGGAGACAAUCUUCUCAUUAAGUUCAAGUACAGGAAACAAAGAAACACAACUUCAGGGGAGGUUUGGAACAACAACAACGGAGAGUGGGGGUUUCAGCACUGGUUUACCAAUACUAGUCACAAUGGCAGCACUCAACAAACUGUCAUCGUUGGGAAAUCAGAAGUGGCAAGGCCAGACAUUAUCAACCCUAGAGGUGCUGCGCAAGAACCGUUAGAAGUUAUAACCAUUUCCAGAAAUGGUACCAUCAUCCUUGACCCCAGGUAUGAUGUCAAGGUCAAUGCAACAUGGCCUGCAGUGAACCAGUCCAUGGUGGAUACCAUUCAGUUCAGUAAUCUUGGCAGCUUGUCAACCCCUACAAUCAUGAAUGGAAUUGUCUAUGUGCCAGUCGGUUUCAAGAAAGUUCUGGUCCAUGACCAUUCAGGAGGGGGAUCAAAUUUAGCAGUACCCACCUGGAAAAUAGUUUCAAUCAAUGCAGAUGGACAGACUGGAAAGGUAGAAGAAUUUGGACGAGGAGCAGUUCCUGUCAGCAUACAGGAAAAGUAUGGCUUUGAUCUCCGGUCUCCUGUGACCGAGAGAUGGUUUGUUCUGGCACCAGGUGGCGUUGUAUUGCAAAAUGGGGAGGGGGCGGUUCCAUAUGAUGUCAUCAACAGGUAUGCUGGGUUUACUCAAGGAACCUUGGUCAAGGUCUUUGAAAGAGGAGACAGUCUUGAGAGGUGGCAGAUCUCCAAGCCAGAUGGGUCCCAGUUACAGUCUGGAAAUGGAGACAUGCCUCAGAGUUUGGUGGAUGUCCACAAACUGGACAAAAUCCUGGUCCCCCAGCAAACGUCAACCACCUGGUCAUUGCUGGCCUCUGAUGGCACCAUUCUGGAAAGUGGGACAGGUAAUGUCCCCGACCAUCUUGUUGACAAGUACUCCAGAAAUCCCUCGGUUACUGUCCUCAAAUCAUCCAGCCACAGCGGUCGAGAGCCCAACUGGGAGAUCUCACGACCUUCAGGAGUUAAGAUCAUGGAAGGGCGAGGAUUGUUACCACAAGGGAUUACUCGGUUCAUCCGUGGAGAACUUCCAUUACCACAGAUAUCCAAAAUAAACAAAUGGACAGUUACUAUGCCAGAUGGUACAGUCAGAAAUGGAACCGGCCAAAUUCCACAGGAAAUUUUGGACCUCUUCCUACAGAUGACUUCUACAGCUGGCAAGAUACAUCAUCCCAAAAGUCAUUUGAAGAAAACCUGGACUGUUAACCUACCGGAUGGGACAGUGAAGACAGGGGAGGGAGAAAUACCUGAAGAUAUUAGGGCUCUGAUGAACAGUCAGGGAACAAACUUUGAUAAGAAAUGGCAGAUAACAUUGCCUGAUGGGACUGUGAAGUCAGGGGUCGGAGAUGUACCCCCUGACCUCUUGGCUAUGAUUUCAGCCAAGAGAAGCCGCAGGGCCGCCAGAACUGCAUCUCAGUCAAUGGAUAUCAUCUCCAACUGUGGAUCAGCCAGUGGGCCAUCCCUCAGUGUUUCAGCCACUGAUAGCGAUAUCACUCUGACUUUGAUCACUUCACAAGCACCUUCUAGGCCUGUAGCUCUAUCUCUGCCCACAACUGAUGGACUCAACGAUGUCAUGUUCACCUAUGAUGGUUCACAAGUGACCGGCUAUGUGAACGGAUAUGUCCGUAAACUUCCUCUAUCAGGCAACAUUGAGACGAGGCCCUCACCCGUGGUAAUAGGCCAGUGUAUGAGCAGUCCAGAGACUCGUUUUGUUGGAGAGAUAGAUGAGUUACAGAUUUAUUUCUGCCUACCCUGA